AUGUCACCAACAACGACCACAAACCCGGCAACGGCCUCUCAAUCCCUUCACCCCUUCUUCGCCCCACCAGCACCAACCACACCCGCAUCACCAACCACACCCGCAACCACACUCGGAACCACACCCGGCGCCCCACCCCUGCCAUCACCAUCCCCUUCCCCGUCCGCCCCCUCAUUCCUCGGCCUCGACACCCUCUUCACCAACCCCGUCUUUGCCGGCGGCAUCGGACUCGCCGGUCUGGGCGCAGCCGCCGCGUUCGGCCGCCGCGCCCUCAUCUCCGGCGCCGGCCUCCUCCGCCGCCAGCUGCUCGUCAACAUCGAGAUCAGCAAGCGCGACCCCUCCUACAGCUGGGUGCUGGCCUGGCUCGCCCAGCCCCGCGACAACACCGGCUUUCUCGCCCAGCGCCUCACCCGCCUGCGCAACCUCUCUGUUACGACUAGCACUAAAUCGCUGAGCCCGCGCGGGGUGGAUGAUGGCAAUGGCGGUGGGGGGGCGGGGGGCAGGAUCCAUGCGGAUUUUCGCGUGCAGCCCGGGUUCGGGCGGCAUAUGGUGCGGCACGCGCCGGGGGUGUACAUCGCGGUGAACCGGGAGAAGGCCGGCACGGCGACGACGGCGACGGGCGAGCCGCACGAGACGCUGACGCUGACGCUGCUGUGGGUGCAUCGCCACGUGCUGGCCGACGUGUUUACGCAGGCCCACGCCCUCGCCCAGAGCUUCCAGCAGGGCAAGACGGUCGUCUACACCGCGCGUAAGAUGGAGUGGGCCGUGCUGGGCAAGCCGCGCCUCAAGCGCCCGCUGGGGAGUGUGGUGCUGGAUGAGGGGGUUAAGGAGGGUUUGGUGGCGGACGUGAAGGAGUUUCUGAAGGCGCAGCAGUGGUAUACGGACCGUGGCGUGCCGUAUCGCCGGGGGUAUUUGUUGUACGGCCCGCCGGGGACGGGCAAGACGUCUUUUAUCCAGGCGCUGGCGGGCGAGCUGGACUACAGCGUGGCCAUGAUCAACUUGAGCGAGAUGGGCAUGACAGAUGACCUACUGGCGCAAUUGCUAACCCAGCUGCCCGAGAAGAGUAUUUUGCUGUUGGAGGACGUCGACGCGGCGCUGGCGAACCGCCGCCAGCGCGACCCUGAUGGAUACAGCGGCCGAACGGUGACAGCGUCGGGGCUGCUGAACGCCCUCGACGGCCUGGCUGCUGGCGAGGACCGGAUUGCGUUCCUCACGACGAACCAUAUCGACAGGCUGGAUCCUGCGCUGAUUCGGCCUGGGCGUGUGGACAUGAUGGUGCGCAUUGGCGAGGCCACGCGGUACCCAGGCAGCCCAGAUGUGGGACCGUUACUACGGCGAUAUUGA